GUCCCUUUGCAGGCGCUGCCCAUUCAAUCAAUUGGAGCGCGUCAUGCUCGCACACCGCCCCACACAGGCGUCUCCAAAGGACCGCCUGCUGGGGCAGUGGCAGCACCAGGGCAGGCGCCCGUUGCGGCGCCGGGCAGCACCUGUGCAAGCCACUGGCAGCACCUUUGGCCACAGCUUCCGUGUCACAACGUUCGGGGAGAGUCACGGCGGGGCGGUCGGUUGCGUGAUUGACGGCGUGCCGCCGCGGCUGCGCAUCACCAAGGAGGAGAUCCAGUACGAGCUGGAUCGGCGCCGUCCAGGCCAGAGCAAGAUCACCACGCCACGCAAGGAGAGCGACACAUGCGAGCUACUGAGUGGCAUGGCGCCGGACGGCACCACGACGCUGGGCACGCCCAUCUGCGUGGUAGUGCGCAACAAGGACCAGCAGAGCGGGGACUACAGCGAGAUGGAGCAAGCAUACCGCCCCUCGCACGCAGAUGCCACCUACGACUUCAAGUAUGGCAUCCGCGCCGUGGCGGGUGGCGGGCGCUCGUCGGCACGCGAAACCAUCGGACGCGUGGCGGCGGGUGCCGUGGCGAAGAAGCUGCUUCAGCAGGUGGCGGGCACAGAGGUGCUUGCGUAUGUGAAUCGGGUGCGGGAUGUGGAGGCGACCGGAGUGGACCACGAGACCAUGACACUUGAGCAGAUCGAGAGCAACCCGGUGCGCUGCCCAGACCAGGCGUCGGCGGACCUCAUGUACAAAGCCAUCGAUGAGGUGCGGACGCGCGGCGAGUCGUGCGGCGGCGAGGUGACGUGCGUGGUGCGAGGCUGCCCGAAGGGGCUGGGCACCCCUGUGUUUGACAAGCUGGAGGCAGAGCUGGCCAAGGCCAUCAUGAGCCUGCCUGCCACAAAGGGCUUUGAAAUUGGCAGCGGGUUCAGCGGGUCGCGAAUGCUGGGCAGCGAGCACAAUGACGAGUUCUACAUGGCAGACAAAGGGGAGAUUCGCACCCGCACCAACAGAUCCGGUGGCGUGCAAGGCGGCAUCAGCAAUGGCGAGCAAAUCGUGCUUCGUGUGGCUUUCAAGCCCACGGCCACAAUCGCACGGCGACAGGCCACUGUGUCACGCGUCGGCCAGGAUGUUGAGCUACUGGCUCGGGGGAGGCACGACCCCUGUGUCGUGCCACGGGCGGUGCCCAUGGUCGAGUCAAUGGUGGCGCUAGUGCUAGCUGAUCAGCUGCUGCAGCACUAUGCCCAGUGCGAGCUGCUGCCUCGGGAUGAUGCCUUGGGGCCCGACUCCAAGGCUCGCUCGCAGUUCCAGCUGCAGCACUUGUAGCUUGCUCAGCUGUGUCCUUUAUGUUUCCUUGGCAUCCGGAUGUUGCCUUGCCCAUCUGCUCUGUGCAAUGUAUGUCUGAAACACAACUGC